AUGUUAGCUCAAUUUGUCUCCUUUUUAUUUUUAUUGAUCACUGUCAAUGCCUAUCCUGCCCACAUCGAUUUGGUCAGUGUUUUAAAUGAUAGUGACGUUAGCUGGACUAAAAAUACUGUUGCUGAUGAUCAACUUGUUGUGCAAAGUGUCCAAAUGUUAUAUUCUAUCGGGAAUGACACUUCUUUAAGCAAGUGUGAAAAGUGUAAGAGUAGAUUGUUAUUUGGUAAAUCAUUAGCUUUCACCAGAGCUGAUUUAAUUCCAACUAUUUGGAAACAAUGGUGUUUGGAAAGUGGGUAUGAAACAACCACCACUUGUUUGACCAAUUUCGGUAGAAACACUGUUAGCAACUCCUCUACCGGUUCCAAUUUUGCUGACAUGUUAUCCUUGAUGAACCCAUUAUCCAUGGAUGGUGACUAUUACUGUCACUACAAGGAAAGUAACCAGUGUGCUUUACCAGUUACUCCAUCCAAUUUGUCUAUUUCUUACAUGUGGAAUAACACUAAACCUGCAAAGGCUUAUGUUGCUCCUCAACCAAGUAACGAAACCUUCAAUGUUUUGCAUAUUUCCGAUUUUCAUAUUGAAUUGGAUUACACCGUCGGAACUGAUGCCAAUUGUUCAGCCUCUAUGUGUUGUACUCCACACACUUCUAAUAGUAAGAAGGUCCCACAAAAUCACACUUCCACUGGUUACAACAGUUUCUAUACUAAUGCCAACUAUGCCGUCAAUGGUACUUUCACUCAAGGUGAUUGGGUCAACGUUAAUGAAUCCAGUGUUUGGGUCCCAGCUACUACUUUCGGUAACUACAAAUGUGAUGCCCCAGAAGUUUUAAUUAAUUCCUCUUUACAUUCCAUCGGCGAUUACCAAAAAAGUAACAAUAUCAGCUUUGACUUUGCCAUUUUCACUGGUGAUUUGGUCGACCAUGAUGAAACCGCCUACACCGGUUACGAUAUGACCGUUGAAUCCGAACAGAUUAUCUUUAGAGAUAUUAAAAACACUUUGGAUGAAGUUCCUGUUUACUCUGUUUUGGGUAAUCAUGAUACUUUCCCAUAUGGUGAAAUUGCUCAAGAAAAAUCUGGUUUCCAAAACAAAUUUGAUUGGAAUGCCGAGUUGAUGUCUGACUUAUGGUAUGAUUACGGCUGGUUAAAUGCUUCCGAAGCUCAGCAAGUCAAGACACAUUAUACUGGAUUUUCUGUUACCACCAAGCAAGGUUUGAAAAUUAUUUCCUUAAACAGUAAUUGUUGGUAUAUGAAAAAUCAUUAUGCUUAUUGGAACACCGUUGAAGAUCCAGAUUCCUUUGGUCAAUUCGAAUUUUUGAUUAGCGAAUUGUUAGAUUCCGAGGCUAAUGACCAAAGAGUUUGGAUUAUAUAUCAUAUACCAGUUUCUUCUGAUAUUUUGCCUCCUCAAGCCAAAUUAUUUGGUGACGUUAUCGAAAGAUUCUCCCCAUACACUAUUGCUGCCAUUUUUAAUGGUCAUACCCAUCGUGAUGAAUUUCAAAUUAUGUAUAAGGGCAAUGGUACUUCUGACACCAAAACUGAAGACAACGUAGUUAACAAUGCUUGGAUUUGUCAAGCAGUCACUCCAUGGGUUGAAAACAAUCCAGGUUGGAGAUAUUACGAAAUUGAUACCGAAACUUUCUCCAUUAUGAAUGCCUAUAACUUUUACACAAAGUUAAAUGAAACAUUUACUAAUAACGGUUCUGAGCCAGUCUGGAACUUUGAAUACUCUAGUAGAACUGCUUAUAACAUUGACUGGCCAACUAAUGCUCCAUUAAAUGCUACUUACUGGCAUAAGGUUGCCACCAGCAUUGGUUCCAGUAAUGGUACUUUACAGACUUAUGAAAAUUUUGCCAAAAGAUUUUCUCCAUACACUGGUGAUUGUAGUACGGGUGCUUGUGACACUGAUUAUUGUUAUGUUACUUCCUUCUAUGUUGACCAAUAUGCCAACUGUUUGAAUGAAUUUAACAUUACCAGUUAA